GAGAGAGAGAGAGAGAGAGAGCGGACAGGCGAGCAAGCGAGCGGAGUUGCCUGCGAGGAGGUCGGCGGGCGUUUUCUUUCCUCCACCUUCUCUCCGUUUCCUCUUACGCGCAGCAACAGAAGCAGCAGCAGCAGAAAUAGCAGGUUGCAGCCAGGGACCAACGCCUCGCCUCGCCCGUGUGGUGCACCGGGAGACCCCAGCGUGGAGGCAGACAGUCUCUGGCCGUUUUGCCCCCCGCUUUUUUUUUUUCUUUUUUUUCUUUUUUUCUUUUUUUCUUUUCUUUUUUUUUUUUCGGCCGGGCGCUUUGCAACUCCUUUGCCGCCGCCGUGGCCAGCACAAGCGACGUCCCUCUUCCCGGUCACUUCACGCCGCGCCUCUCUCGCAGCUUUUCUUUCUCGGUCCGCGUCGAGUCGGCCAGCCCGGAUCGGCUGCCCCUUCCGAGAAGUCUGGGAGCUCCCACUCCCCCUCUGCUCUUCCCCAUGGGGAUCCGCGAGUUUCCCAGCGCCACGGCCAGGGGCAAGAGCAUGGCGAUUGGCAUGAGGAGGUCGCCUGAUGUCAGCCCCAGGAGGCUGUCAGACAUCAGCCCCCAACUCCGGCAGCUCAAAUAUCUGGUGGUGGAUGAGGCGAUCAAAGAGGACAUGAAAUGGAGGUCGGUUGAAGACCUCACCAGCGCUUCCGUAGGACUCACAUCCAUCGAGGAAAGGAUCCUGCGGAUUACAGGCUAUUACGGCUAUCAGCCUUGGGCUACCAGCUAUAAAAGGGAUGAGCGCUCCCAUGAUUGCACAACACCAGCAGAAGCUCAGACACAAGCUGGGAUGGAAGCUGGUGGAAGAGGGAGCCCAUGUUGCCAAACAUGCUCCAUGGUCCAUCUUAAGAAAAUCUUCUGGGGAGUAGUGGUGGUACUUGGCGUCUGCUCUUCCUGGUCAGGUUCAACCCAGCUAGCAAAACUGACCUUUAAGAAAUUUGAUGCACCCUUCACUUUGACGUGGUUUGCAACAAACUGGAACUUUUUAUUCUUUCCUUUGUAUUACAUUGGACAUGUUUGUAAAUCAGCUGAAAAACAAUCUCCCCAACAAAGAUACGGGGAGUGUUGUCGGUUUUUUGGAGACAACGGCUUGACACUGAAGGCAUUUUUUACCAGGGCAGCACCUUUUGGUGUUCUUUGGACACUCACGAACUACCUGUACUUACAUGCAAUAAAAAAAAUAAACACUACGGAUGUUUCCGUAUUGUUCUGCUGCAACAAAGCUUUUGUGUUCUUGCUUUCGUGGAUUGUUCUCAGGGACAGAUUCAUGGGAGUGAGGAUUGUCGCUGCUAUACUUGCUAUUGCAGGGAUAGUUAUGAUGACUUACGCAGAUGGAUUCCACAGUCAUUCAGUUAUUGGAAUAGCACUUGUUGUGGGAUCUGCGUCAACGUCAGCUCUUUAUAAGGUUUUAUUUAAGCUUCUCCUGGGUAGUGCUAAAUAUGGAGAAGCUGCCUUAUUUUUGUCAGUGUUAGCUGUUUUCAAUAUCCUUUUUGUUACCUGUAUUCCUGUCAUCCUUUACUUUACCAAAGUUGAAUACUGGAGUUCUUUUGAUGCCAUUCCUUGGGGAAGCAUUUGUGGAUUUUCAGUCCUAUUAUUGACAUUCAAUAUUAUAUUAAAUUUUGGGAUUGCUAUUACAUAUCCUACCUUGAUAUCUCUCGGGAUUGUACUAAGUGUACCUGUAAAUGCUAUUGUUGAUCACUACUCGAGUGAUAUCGUCUUCAACAGUGUCCGUGUAAUUGCCAUUGUCAUAAUUGGCUUGGGCUUCCUCCUGCUGCUUCUACCAGAGGAGUGGGAUGAGUGGUUAAUAAAACUCCUUACCCGCCUCAAAGUACGAAAGAAGGAAGAAAUUCCAGAGGGAAAUGGAGACAUUGUUUCAGGAUUGCAAAAUAAAAGUAGAAGAACGCGCCCCUCCAUGUCAUCAUUCACACAUUAAUAUUAUUUUAUGAACAUUCCUUAAUAUUGUAUACUUUAAAUCAUAGCUUUUUUCUUGCAAAGCACACAUGUUCAAUACAGUAAAUAUAUACAGAUGUACAGUUUUGAUAAUAAUAGAGUCCAAGGCAUCAAGUUUCAGCAUCACUAAA